GUCAUUGUAUUCUGUAAUGUUUCUGGCUAUUUGAAAUAUCCACUAGCAUUGAGUCUUGAGAUGGAGCCUCAUUGGAUUUUAAUCUAUUUAGGGUAGGUUUAACCACUAGGUAUCAGAAUGGUCCAAUGUUGUGUAGAGCUUUGCCGAUUGUCUGCUGCAGCUGUCUGGGCGCACAGUGGAAGAAUUGUCAAGUAUCAUUUGGCCUGAGAGCAAAAGGGCUGUCGGUCUCCAUGGCUCAGGAUUAGUUUGGAAGGUCACCUCACUCCCACCCCCAUUCCCAAUGAUACUAGGCACCUCCCUCUUAUUGCAACCCAGCUUCUAGGCCUUGAAGUCAACUACCAAAAACUGCAGAGCACUGUUUUAAAUUGUAUCAUUCUUCAGUUUCCAGAGUAACUUCAAUUGAAAAAUAUAUGUUGCUUAAUGGUUCAGAUUAGCUUAUGCAGCACAGGUUUUAUUUGGUAUCAGCCACACUCAAGUUAAAAUUGCCAGAUAAUGAACAGUGGGUCUAGUGCUGGCUGAAAUGCAACAAUCAUAAUUGGCAAGCAACAUGAUAUCACAGUGCUUCUCUCGUUCUAUUAAACAUUCUCACGUUAAUUCCACCUUGUAUCACUCUCUCAUUUUUGAAGCUAAAGUGUUUUGUAUAUGUAACAAUUCCUAACUAGUAACAAUAAAUGUUGGAUUUGAUGCUAUAUUUACCAAAAUAAGUUAACUUUAUUAAGUGUUAAUCAUAUUAUUCAUUUCUAUUUCUGAUGAAAUAAAACAAUAUUGAAAAGAUGAUGCUCCUUUUGAAAUUAGAAGUACUAAUAUAGUCUAACUCCAGUCAAUGCUUACCUUAUCACUUUUAUUACAGGUCUGACCGUUACCUAAGCUGCACACACAACCUGACAACAUUGAAUUUGGUCCAACAUGCACAAGAUAUAGGAAAUCGUGCUCUCCAUACCCAACUAAUCUGCCUGGCAACAGUACAUCGAACAAAUGCAGCAGAGCUUAUUUUAACUGGCAUAUUAAUAUGUUUUCAAUUGAAAUAUCCCUCUGCACAGACUUGCGACUUAAGAAAUAUUGAAACUUAAAUGGUUGAUCUGACUGGAUUUUAUUGUGCAGUGAUUUGCUAUUAUUUUGAAUUCUUUUGAAGACAAAAUUGUGGACAUGGAGAAUGGUCAGAACAUCACCAGUGAAUGUGAAAGCAGGUCUGUGCUCUCCACAGUCCUGGUUGGGCUGGUGAUGGGCAUGGUUACACUAAUAACCAUCUUCGGCAAUGUGUUGGUGUGCUUAGUGGUGGGGUUGAACCGUAAACUCCAGAGCCACACUAACUCUUUAAUUGUGUCCCUGGCAGCAACUGACUUACUGCUGGGUUUAUUGGUCAUGCCUUUCUCGACAACCUUGCAACUUCUUAAUUCAGAGUGGCCUUUUGGGCCCACUUUCUGUAAUAUCUACACCAGCAUGGACGUCAUGUUGUCCACGGCUUCCAUCCUCAAUCUGUUUGCGAUCAGCCUCGAGCGUUACCUCGCAGUCACUGCCCCUCUGAGGUACAACAUAGUCAUUACUCCAAAUAGGGUCAUCGUCUCACUCGUCUUCAUUUGGUGCAUCUCCAUCAUGUUUUCCUUUUUGCCCAUCAACCUAGGAUGGAAUAGCAAAGACGCGUUAACGCAAAGCGCGAAUGAGACCAAUCAGUGCCACUUGGAGAUGAACCCAUCGUAUGCUAUUGUGGAUGCUUUCAUCACCUUUUAUAUCCCCUUAGCCAUCAUGUGCCUAACGUAUUACAAAAUAUUCAAAAUUGCAAGAGAGCAAGCAAAAAGAAUCAGCUCUGCCACCAGAAGUACAUUGCCAGGUCUGAAGGAGCAUAAAGCAACAGUAACUCUAGCAACCGUGAUGGGAGUCUUCAUUAUUUGCUGGUUCCCUUAUUUUACAGUGUUUCUCCAUGCAGGGAUUUCAGGGAUUCAAUCCGACAAGACCGUCUUUGCUGUGGUGCUAUGGUUGGGUUAUGUCAACUCGGCUCUGAACCCUAUAGUUUAUGCGGCCCUCAAUCGGGAAUUCCGCAUGGCAUACCAGAAGCUACUGUUCUGCAGGAAGAGGAAUGCAUGCAACAGGGGCUCAUCCAUCAACUAUCAGGCCGGUCGAUUGAGGAAUGAGCAGUGUCACCAGCUGGUCCGAAUCUUGGAUGAUAAUGAGCCAAGUUCAGACAAUACUAUCACCAAAGAUACUUGUCUCUGCACUGAAGACUCUGAAAGGUCGCUAGAUGAAAUUUAACAGGCUGGACAGGUGGUGUGAGAGGGACAAACUGAUGCAUCCCAAUAGAAUUAUGACUCCAGCCAACUAAUUACAGUACUGCAGUAAAUGAUGGCCAAGUUUGUAUCUCAGACCAACCCAGCUGAAGAAAAUGCAUGGCGGUGAGUGCUGACAGGAAAAAUAACAGAAUCACUUAUUCAAAAGGACAAGAUGAGAUUUUCACAUACUGUAUUCU